ACAUUUAGUAAAUAUCUGUUGGUGUGAAUGUUUCAGACUCGUGGUGAAAUGGAUGGGGGAAACUGGACUGGGGCCUCUGAAUUCCAGCUCCUGGGGCUCUCAGAGAAUCCCAAGCAGCAGCAGAUCCUGUUUUGGAUGUUCCUGUCCAUGUACCUGGUCACAGUGGUGGGCAAUGUGCUCAUCAUCCUGGCCAUAGGCUUUGACUCCCGCAUGCACACUCCCAUGUACUUCUUCCUGGCCAACCUCUCCUUCACUGAUCUCUUCUUUGUCACCAACACAAUCCCCAAGAUGCUGGUGAAUCUUCAGGCCCAGAACAAAGCCAUUUCCUAUGCAGGGUGCCUGACGCAGCUGUAUUUCCUUGUCUCUUUGGUGGCCCUGGACAACCUCAUCCUGGCCGCCAUGGCGUAUGACCGCUAUGUGGCCAUCUGCCGCCCCCUCCACUACACCACAACCAUGUGUCCUGGGCUCUGUGUCCUGCUCCUGGCCUUGUGUUGGUUUUUCUCUAUCCUCUAUGGCCUUAUCCAUACCCUCCUCAUGACAAGGGUGACCUUCUGUGGGUCCCGGAAGAUCCACUACAUCUUCUGUGAGAUGUACAUCCUGCUGAGGCUCGCAUGUUCCAACACUCAGAUCAACCAUCUAAUGAUGAUCACCACGGGCUCCUUCAUCUUCCUCAUCCCCUUUGGGUUCAUGAUUGUGUCCUAUGUCUGGAUUGUCAGAGCCAUCCUCCGAAUACCCUCAGCCUCUAAGAAGUACAAAGCCUUCUCCACCUGUGCCUCCCAUCUGGCUGUGGUCUCCCUCUUCUAUGGGACACUUUGCAUGGUGUAUCUGCAGCCUCUCCACACCUACUCCAUGAAGGACUCUGUGGCCACAGUGAUGUACGCUGUGGUGACCCCCAUGAUGAACCCUUUCAUCUACAGCCUGAGGAAUAAGGACAUGCAUGGGGCCCUGGGAAGGCUCCUCCUUGGGAAAGCCUUGUAG